CUCAGCGGGCGCUGGUGAGCCGGUCAUGUCGGGAAAUGGACCGCUGUCCUCACCGUCCCCUCAUUGGAUUUCAGCGCUUUCUCUUUGCGCUGGUAGGCCUUGGAUGCCAAAUAUUCAGCUCAGAGAGAGAGAACGUAGUUCCCUCCCCAAGUCUUUCUGAAAGACGUGCACGUGUCAGUCACAAGUCCGGAACUACAAGCUCUCGUCUGCAGGUAAGUGCAUCUUCUCAUCCAUAGUGCGUGUAGCAGAGAGUAUGCAGAUGAAAAUGAGCCUCCCUGGCUAACCGGUGCAUUUAUCGAAAUAUUAUUAAUGUGCAUUGACCAUUAAUAAAUAAUAAUAAAUAAUCAACUGAUAAAUAAUUUGUAGGCUCCUGAUGCUAAGCUUUACAGAUGAACUUGAACAGAUAGACAUUUACAAAAGCAAUUAAUGUGCCUUGUACAAGGGUAUGACAGAGUGUCACCCACCUCCGGGAUUUGAACCUGCACCUUUCUGCUAAGCGUUGGAUGGAUGUGCUAUCUUCGUGCCCUUUCGUUUUCAGAAUUUUGUUGGUACCGAAAGCUGGAAACUGAAGUCAAAGAAGUUCACGGAUAUCAUUGUUUGAUUUAUGGUUAUUUGUAGCACUAAUGGUUACAUUUGUUUGCCUGUGUACAGUUUUUACUGAGCAAUGACUUUGCCAUCUUGCACCGUAUAAUGCAUUGAUCUUUAAAUCGUGGAGAGUCGCAGCAUCCACUUGCUUUUUGGUGUGUUCCUGCACUGUAUAAUUUCAUAUGAUAGUUACUUUCUGAGGUUUUUUAAAAUACAAUUUCAGUUUUAGUCUAUUUCUUGAUGUUGCUGACAACCAGCUGGCUUUACAAUGGUGAAUAUACGGGCAUUUGGACAUUGUGGUUUAAAGCAAGAUAAUACAUUUUAAGUAACUCCAAAAGCAGCUUGUACAGCAGUGUUAUGUUUCCAGAAGUUAUGUUUGUGUGCACAUGAAGGUAUUAGUUUUCUAGCAUUUAUUCUCAGUUAAGCACAUAGAUACCCUCUUCAGUUUGCAAGCUCAAAGGAGGUACGUAUUUGUUUUGCCACAACUUCCAUGAGCACUGCUGAAAUUUAUUUUCGUUAUUUUCAAAUCCCAAAUGGUCUGUAUUUUUAGGAUGAGUCACCCCAACUGUGUGCUAUUGAUACACUGCAGAAGAGUGCAACAAAAUGAGUGAUUUUAAAAUGAACCGAUACAAAGAUGUUAACGAUGUGUGAGGGGAAACCUACUGAGUUUAGAUUCACAGGCAACACACUUUCGGAAUGCAGACCCAACCACUGUAAGAUCUUGGGCUCGGUACCCCUGGUAUCUCCAUGCCCAUUCCAGUCCAGGUUGGAACGGCAGUCUGUUGAGUUCCUGGUUCUGCGACUGAUGUAUGAACUCCCCACGCAGUUGUCUGUGUGCAGGGGGAAAUGGGAGAAGGCUGCUGAGAGAGAAACUGCUGAUUGUCAUGGAUGAGGUAGAGUCUGUCACCAAAUACAAAGCAAAAGCCUUGUGAUUACAAGUCCAAGGUUGGCCUGUUCUGUGGAAAUGGGAGAAGGGGGUGGGGGCAUCGCAUAACCAAGUGUCUGUCUGCAAAUGAAGAAAUGAAAGUCAGUCACUGCUAUUGAAGGCAAAGCUAUAGGUACUGUCUGUGCCGUGCCUAAUUUAUAAAAGUUUUGGUUCCCUUUUUUUCUCCAUAUAACAUCAUAACAGGAUGCUGUAACUUUUGGAUUAUUUCCUGGAGCACUGUUCCCCUGAGCUUAGCACACCCGAGGAAUGUGUGGCGGAGUUUGUUUAACUCUAAUGGGGACUUUUCCGUGGUGUCAAACAGCAUCUUCUCUGUUGGCUUAGCGCUUGCAAGGCUGCUUUGACUGCCUGUGAAGGUUCACGUAGGCAGGGGUUUGAUCCACUUCUGAACACCCACAAGUGGCCAGAUUCUUCAUGUUCCCCUUGCUGAUGCCAAGUUGUGUAAACCAGACAUACAUGUCUGAGGGGAAUUGGGACUGCCCUGUACGGAGUUUGUCUCUGAAUGUCUGAAUGCAGCAGCACUGUACAGCCUACAUGGUGACAUAUGAUCCCAGGACUAUUGACCUUACAGGUGGUAUUUGCUUCAAUAAGCCUGCUGCACAAGCACAGCUACUGACUCGAAACGAACGGAAGACGACAGCUACCUGGAUCGACCUGCGGGUAAAUCGUCUGCAGUCUUUUGUGUUCUGGCCAGGGGUGUACAUGCACCCAGCAUGGAGGGGCAAUGGGGGGAUGGGGUGAACAUUCUCAGGAAGCUCAUUGUCUGAUAUAAGAGAAGGCAGCCUAAUUAGAUAUUGUUAAUGUAGCCUCUGAAAUUGGAAAGCCAAUUUGAACAUAUUGUUAUAUUUUGUGAGACUCAGGAACAUUGCUAAAGCAUUUAAUGAUGAAUGUGAACACCAAAAUUGUGUCUAAUGGGCUGUAUAAUAAAUAUGUAUAGCCAACUGUAUUAAUCUCUCAAAGGGUUUUUAUUAGUUUUUAUUUAUUAUUAUUAUUAUUAUUAUUAUUAUUAUUAUUAUUGCCACUUACAGUGUAAGCUAUUUUAUUCUGGUACAAAUAUGUAGUGUACAUUAAACAAAUAAGCAUGUCAUUCUCCCUACCUGUCAUUUUACAGUGGAUAACAGUUUGUUAAAAGGCAAGAAGAAUUGGGAUAAGUGGAACCGAAGAUGUCAAUCAAAGGGAGAGAAAAUUAUUCUCACAUGACAGCGAUUAAUACCGAGAGCAAGAGAGGCCGGCUUUGUCGGCAGCGUGGGAGAGGAGAGGAGAGGAGAGGAACACUGGACAGCGUAGCCUACUUGAAUGUUGCGCUCUGUAGUGCUAGUUCGACAGAUUUUAACUUUCAAUUCGCUCGGUGUCCUAAAGGAUCUCCGUCUUUACGUAAGGUAAAAACCACUGGAAUAAAUUGCAGUCGUUUAUUAGUCCACAGUACUUUUUGAAUCUGCAGUCAUGAUAUGAUUACAAGUUUAAAGAAGCAAAUGAGAGCUGACAGCAACCUGUCGUUAUAUGUCUUUACGGAUAAUAAUUUGAAUGAUGUUUGCGUGUGUAUCAAAUUAUUCAGAAUUUAAUAUAAAAGAAGGAAUUAUGUCAGUUGCUGUUGUUUAAUUUUGUUUAGUCCUGUAGGCUAUUAUGAUUUAACAAGCUACAUGGGGUUAGUUAAAUCAAUUAUGGCAAUGAUUUUUUUUAAUGAAUUAGAAUAUACUACGUUCAUAAGGCCAAUAAGGAUGCGUGAAAUACUGAAAUAAUGUUCGAAGCAGAGUUGCCUUAAUCCAGAUCAAAAGAAAAUAAAAGGAUUUGGUGUACUUUGGUGGAGAUCCUGGUCCAAGAAAAUAGAUGAUGCAGCACGAAAUAGGUUAAUGUGUAGCGUAGCCUACAAGUAUCAGAGCGUGACGAUUCUAGUACCUUGUGUCACAACAAACUAUGCGUUUUUGCGUUUUUGCUUCUGUGUACGUUCAUGAAUGUGAUUUUGUUCAAUUAUGCAUGUGUGUGUGUGCGUGCCAUGUGCGUGCGUGUGCAUGCGUGUGUGUGUGUGUCAUUGCAGGUGCAAUGCCAUGCAGCCCUGGUCUCUGGUGGAGCUCUGGGCACUGCUGUCUCCUGGGACUGACUCUCUUGCUGCUGGUGUGUGAGGUCAUCACCAGCCGCCUCUGCAACUCCCUCAUCAUCAUGGUGGACAGUUUUCACACUCUCUUCAUCUUCCUGCACCUGUCCUUCCUUUAUCUGCCCCCCCGCCAGCCCCCCACAAUGCCCCCCCUUAACCCCCUCUCAUCUACUCCUACCCCUCCCAAUGGCACUUCCCCCAAUACCCCUGUCAGUCUCAGCCCUGCCUCCUUGAUGACACCAACCCCAGUGUCCCCCCUUUACCCAUCUGCCCCUGCUUCUGCCCCCAGUCCUCCAUCCUCCCCCAUUCUUCGCACUCCUUCUUCUCUUUCCUGCCCCUACGGCUGGGCGCGGGUCCAACCCCUUGGGGCUCUGGUUUCAGCGCUGCUGCUGGCCUCCCUCUGCGUCUCGGUCUCCGUGGACAUCAUCAGCCAAAUCCUGUGGCCGCACCCUACAGAGCACCCCCUGCUGGUCACUGCGGCGGGCGUGGUUGGCCUGCUGUUCAACACAGCGUUCCUCACGAUGGGUCCCAGGGGGUUGGUGGGGCUCAAGGGGGGAUUCACCUGCCCCGUGGUUCCAAGGAUGGGGACCUCAUUCUCAGGACCUGAUGGUAAAGGUGAAGCUGAGGUAGGCGAGAGCGGUGCACUGGAGCAGGAUAAGGACCAGGCUUGUGCCCACAGCUCCUCCACAAGCCUAGGCAGGAACCUGCAAGACGAUGCCUUGAUGUUCUGUAACCCCGGGGCAUCCAGUGUCCUGGACCCAGAUCAGCAAUCCAAGGGCAACCCCCCACCACCCCCGGGCAUCAUCCUGACAGGCCGCACCUUUGUGAACUGGGCCCAUCCAAAGACAGGCUUCCAGAAUUCCAGGAACCUUGGGAAACCAUACUGUGGCAGCUGUUGCCAUAGCAAACCCCACAGUGGAGCUCCAGAAGAUGGAGGCUGCGCAGAGCUGGGAGAUGCUGAUGCGGGGAUCAAGGUUUGCCUGGGGGUUCCGGUUGGCACAGAGAGGCCCAUUCUGAGCAGGCGGUACCACUGUCUCCCUGGCCUCAUCACGCUGGUCCAGGCCCUCCUGGGCCCGGUUCUGGUCCUGGCCAGCGGGCUUGUACUGCUCCACAGUGACCCAGGCUGCAUGCACAGUGUGGGGGGCUGCGACCCGCUCGUCUACCUGGACCCCGGCUUCUCUGCGCUGGCGGCUUUGGUGUUCCUGGCCGCCGCGCUGCCCCAGGCCUGUCGCCAUGGCUACCUGCUUCUACUAGGCACCCCGCCCCACUUCUCCCUGGGGGAGCUGUCCCGCCGCAUCGCGGGCGUCCCCGGGGUGCUGGCGGUGCACGAGCUGCACGUGUGGCAGCUGACCGAGGUGCACCUCGUGGCGUCUGUCCAUGUCCACUGUCACCCGGGACCGGAGGCGCAGGCGUGCCCUGACCUGCUGGCGGGCGUUACAGAAGUGCUGCGGGACGCCGGGGUGCGCCACUCCACCGUUCAGCCCGAGUUCCUGCCUGUCGGCCUGGCCAGCGCAGCCAGCUCUCUGUCCACGGGAAACCCACCGCUGCCAGCAGGGCCCCACUGCAGCCUGGCCUGCAGAACACAGUGUGCCCAGAAGAUGUGCUGUUCACCCAGGGAGCAGGGGCCUAGGAUGCUGCCCUCUGCUGACCAACUUGAGGAUGUGCAGUCUCAGGCGCUAAUCAUUGAAAACACGUAUCUCUGAGGGGGUUUGUGACGGAACCUAUUUUUAUAACUGCCUUUAUAAAGACACUUAUAUAUUGGAUGGUUCUAAACCAUUAGUUUCCUGGCAGAGUUUGACAUUGUAAUGAGAAGAAACUUUCUGGUGCGUAAUGAAAAGGAUCUUUUUGCUGCUGGGUUUCUUUGUCUGUAAAGAUGAUAUCAGAAAUACAGAACAAAUUGAAUGUGUGCUAAGAAAUCAAAUGAACCCACCCAGUAUUCAUUUCUCUAUAUGAGCAUCCAAAGCUGUGUAGUAAUUUUAUAGCAAUAUUUUAUGAACACUAUUCUUGUGCGGUUUCCUUUCCACUGAUGCCAAAUUGAACAAAUUGCACUUUUUUUGUCACGUGUACUUAAUAUGAGAUUACGGCUAAAUUAAUUUAUAUUGUUGCUAACAUAAUGUAUCUGUAGAGUAGCUGUGAUACAGUAGCACAUGUGGUUGAUAUUAAAAAAUGCACCGAUGCAAUUAAAGGGCUUAUUAACUUUAAUUAAAUGUAGCUGCAUGUAUAUUUAUACCAUUUCAGAGUACUUCUAAGCAAAACAUUUCUUAAUUAUCUGUGAUCCUGCACAUUUCUAAGGAAUUGCUGUCUUUAUUUUAUAAAGAUACCAAAAAAUUAGAAAAUACCAUAGAAACUGUUACAGGGGAGUCUAAACUGAACUUCUUUUCACUUCAAAACGGUGACUUCCUUAAACCAACUGCAUGCCUCAAAUACUUUAAACCACUGGUACUUAAAUCCUAUCCAUGAAAACCCACCCACCAUUUAUUCUGGGUGUUGGGCCAAUUUCUGUUAAUAAAGGCUUGAUUGAGUUGUGAAUAUUAUUGCUGAACUUACUGAAGUUUUACAUGUUACUAGGUCUAUUAGAAAACAAUGUGUGUGUGUUAAUAUGUGCUUAAUAAUCGUAUUUGUGUUCAUAGUUUUUUAUUGCCUUUGAUAAAUAAAAACUGUCAAUAUCUCA